CAUCUUCGGACUUCUAUUCUUCAGGGUCAAAUGCGUCAAGGAGGAAGGAGAGACGCGAUGUCAAGGAUGUAUCGAUCUCAACAGGGAGUGUACGCAGACUUAUUCGCACAAAAGACCUGGACCCCCCAAUCCAUAUGCAAGACCUUCGUACAAUAACAACGACGGGCGGUAUAACCCAUAUCCGAUGCCUGCUGGAAACCACCCCCAUGCUCGACCUCCGUACCCGGAUCGCUCUCCACACGGUCCAGGGGGCAGCAACAACAGUAACCUCCCGUAUUUGCCAUACGACCCGAACUAUACAGACGCCCUGAACGGGAACAUCCCUCUUCCCCCGCUGGGUGGCGGAUACCAGUUCGACGUCCAUCAACAACAGAAUCAACAGAAUCAACCCAAUAUAACAGGUCAUACGUUCAAUCAGACGUCUGAUCCGAAUAUCCCUUUCGCUCCACACCAACCGCAUCAUUCCCCGACUGCAUCGAUAUCUCCCUUCUCUUCAACGCACCAGAACCAGAACAUCCAGUUGAACCCCAACCUGUCAAAUGCGAACAACCGCCCGCCGAGCCAUCACGCGCCUCCCUCCAUGGGAAGUGGCAACAACCAGAACCAAAAUCAGAACCCGACGCCAGGUCAAGCUGGGUCAAACUACUUGACCGGCUACAGCGCCGAAGACAACUGGUUCAUGCCUUGGAUCUGUUCAACUCCCGGAGCAGAUGGCCAGCCUCCGAUGGAUACCAACAUGAACGUUCCUGUAGCAUCGGGAAGCGGGGGUGGCGGCAGCGGUUAUCCAUUAACGGGACCCGGAACAGGGUCGACGCAUUCGAGUUCAGUCGUCCUUCCCGAUAUACCCGGACGGGGGUGGGGCGAGAUGGGUCAGACCUUGGAGGACGAGAUCCUCGAUCCUCGAUUGGGGGGAUCGAGGCGUACGGGGACAUAUCAGACAUCACGCAUGAGGAGCCGUCCAAAUUCCCCACCCAACCUGGGAGGCGGUGCCGGGAGCGGUUUCGAGCAUUCCACUGGUGUCGGAGGGGGCUACGCUCAGAUGGUCAAACGAGGAUCUGCAACGACGAGUCUCGGGGGGACCGUGGGCGAGACUCCGAUUUACCAAGCAGCACAGGUGGAGGAUAUCACGCGAUGGUCAACGGCGUUAACAUUUUUGAACCUCUACCACGAACACCUAUACCCCUUACUCCCGAUCAUACAUUGGCCGACAUACUCUCAAGAUUUGGUCUCACGUCGGGAUCGGCAUGACGAAACUUUCCGGAUAUUCUUGAUGAGCCUGAUCGCCUAUGCGAUCCUACAACUACCGCGGUCGGUCAUGCCGGACUUCCUGACACAAGAGGAGCUCGUCAAACUGCAUCGAAGAUUACAUCAUACAUCACGGGCGAUGCAAAAGCGUGAAUACGAACCGUUAGAUCUAUUGCAUAUCAGUACUCUCUAUCUUGAUCACAUCUACCUUGGAUCGACGGGCAAGGACAACUACGCAAACGUCGUAUUGGCCGAAGCGAUGCGACUAGCAAUCACCCUCGGGUUGCAUGACGAGAACGUUGCAGUACAACAAAACUUAGAUGCCAUCGAGAAGGAGACGAGAAGACGAGUCUUCUGGGUGUUGUACGGAUCUGAUCGUACGAUCGCCGCCUUAAUAUCAUGUCCGAUGCUCCUGCACGACGAGGAUAUCUUCGUAUCCGACAUCCUGCAGGUCGACGACAACCUCAUCACGACGGCAGGGGCUUUUCAGCAACCUCCGGGAAAGACUCCUUUGCUUUGCGGCUUCAUUCACGUCACCCGGAUAUUCCGCCUGUUGUCACAAGUCCUCCGCUUGGUCCGAUCACGUGCACACGGACAGCCUACACCAGAGGGGCAUGUCGAUACGAGCCCAGAUCCUCGGGAAUUGAUCAAGUCGUUGCAGAACUUGCUGGACGACCUUCCACCGCCGCUGAGGCUGAAUGCGGAGACCGUGGACCCGAGGGAUGUGGCCAACAACUAUGCGUUCGACACUUGCAAAGCCAACAUCCUUGUCACGCAGGUCCUGGUCAGAUUCGCUAUCUACCAGUAUGCCACCUUGCGUGCCCAAGGACGACCCGAUCAGUGUCUUGACGAGUUGACCGAAGACGUGCUCAAACGGCUGCAUCAGAUGUCAAGCGAAUCGCUGGCUGCGAACGGGGAAUCAAUCCGACACAAAGUCCUGUUCAUCGCCUCGAGCCUCUUGAACAAGUAUCCUGCUCAGGACAGUGCUGGACACGAACAUGUCGCGGAUUUCUUGCAAGUCUACAACAAGAUUCUCACAAACCAGACCAAGAGUCAACUUGACGAAACAGAGCCAGAAUGAGAGACGAAAUGACGGCGUAAACUAUCCAAGAAUCCCGUGUAAAGUCCUAGAUAUCGAGGAUAUCGGGACUAACUCCGGAAGCAACUAAAUUGCACAGGCAAUUUAGUUGUGAACGGCUUGAACC